AUGAUCCCGAAUGGCCCGCUGCGGGUGCGUCCCGCCGCCACGGUUGUUUGCAUCCGCGGUGCCGGCGCGGCGGCCAAAGCCGCGGACGCGGCCGGUGGCACGUUGAGCCUUGAGGAGCGGGCCAAAAACCACGUCCAGGAAGCCACCCGGAACGAGGGCCCCGGCAGCCAGCUGGGCUCCGACGCCUCGGCGCGGAUUCGAGUGCUCUUUGGGGAGAAGGCAAAGCGCCGGGCCCUGGCCUCAGCGGUGUGUGUGCUCGCCACGGCGGAGGCCCUCUUCCACUCCAACUGGGAGGUCCUCAUGGGCCAGGGCGAGGUUCAGAACUGGAUCCGCAGCCGACCGGAGAAGGAGGUGCCCAUGCGCUACCCCGGGGAGUGGAAGUUCGCCGGUGGCGUCGUAGACCAUGGCGAGACACCACGUCAGGCGGCCAUGCGUGAGCUCGAGGAGGAGUUUCAGGUGAAGGUGGCACUCACCGAGGCCACGUGCAAGCUCCGCUUGCUCAGCGUGAAGCAGACCAGGCCCAUUCGGAACGUCUCCAACAUCAUGUUCAACUACGUGGCUGCAGCAGAGGAAAACCCGUGGCUCCAGGAGUUGAACGUGCAGGAGGUGAACGCCUCACUGGCGCAACGGCGCAAGAGCUUCGCUGAAGCAGUGGAAGGUGGCAACUUCUACACCCUGGGAAAAGAGGAGCAAGAGAACCUGGCACCGGAGAUUCAUCAGGAGUACCGGGAAGCCUUUCAGUACCGUUGGACGGAGAACGUCCUUUUGAGCUCGGUACUCACGUUAACGCCGGGACCGAACACAUUGACCAUCGACGGACAGGAGGUGGUCAUCGAUUUGCCGGCAGAGGAUCGUGGGAUCCGUGGAGUCUUCUGGGCUGAUCCCUGCUUUUCAUCUCGGUACGUGAAUUGUGCCUUCGGGCAGACCUUUCAGACCUUGGAGCGCUCGACGCGCAUGCUGAACGCGGCCUUCGAGGAUGACAGCUUGGACCUCUUCGGAGUGCUCGGGGACAACUUCUACGACCAGAGCGGAGAGCUCACCCAAGAGUUCUUCAGCCGUGUUUCGCUGAACGUGAAGCGUCGCUUCUGGCUGAUGGUGAAUGGGAAUCACGACAACUGGGUGUGUGGAUUUCCAUUCUGUGGCAGCUCCAGCGAUGACUUCGGUAUUGGGCAGAUGCAGUAUUACCCAAUGGAUACCGUAGCAUCAAAGAAUGAUCGCAUUUUUUCGUUUGACAUUGACCCUGAUCGGAACAAGCAGUGGAACCAAUUCUUGAACAAUGGGACCAACUUCCUGUUCUACCACAAGCUUGGAAAUGUUGGCUUCUUGGGAUACACUGGCGCUGCUGACUUUGCAGAAACCUUGCCGCAUUUGCAUGCAGCCUGCGAAUACUUCGCGGUGAGUCAGCCAGAGGUGAUCUUCCUCCUGGGCCAUUGGAACAACGAAGGAUUAGGAUGUUCUCAGGGCAUGUCGGUGCCUGAGAUCCACUCGACGCUGAUGCAGAUCCCAGGCUGCUCCGCCUUUGGAAGGCGAGGCAACUAUGUGCAGGCGAAAGAUGAGCAAAGCGCGUACGGCUUCAUGAUUGGCGGCCAUGGCAUGGCCGACGCCAUGUGUGCCCCGCAGUAUGGCUUUGCUUACCUGGACACCACUGGGGAUCGGAUCCGGCUCUAUUACUUUGAAGUGGGUCGCAGUGGAGUUUGGGGCAUCGUGGUUGGCGCCGUUCUGGGCGUUCUCCUGGGUGCUUUGCUGGGCUUUUGGGGAGUUGGCACUGCCAUCAGUGUGCAGUGGCUGGACAUGCGUUCGGCGGUGCUGCAUGCCUUCACCAGCAUGAACGGCUCGCUCUUGCCCGUGAACGACUUCCAGAAGCAGGAAUUUGAUCGCCUGGGCCUCCAGCGGAGAGAUCCCAUGUUCCUCACCAUGGUCACUCUACUGGAGGUGGACUCCUUUCCCUCACUCCGGAGCUUGGUCUCCUACUCCGAAAGCUUAGAUCCAGACGAGGAAGUUCGUCGCAUGCAAUGGCUUCGGGAUGGCAUGACGCCCGAAGAGGUCAUGGCCAAGCUGAAGACCAGCAAUGCUCCAGCGCAGGUGGUGGCCAUGUUCCGCACCGCAGAGGAACGCGGCCGGCUCUGGGAGCAGAGGAUGAAGCAGGAGCAAACUGCUCGCCUUUGA